AUGACCGACUUCUGGAACCGCGAUUUUCCGACAAUGUGCGGCACACAUCGACUAAACUUUGCGACCUUCCUGGCAAAAUUAGCAUCAGCGCGUAUCAGCAACGAUAGACUUCGCCAGGUUGCGCUCGUUCUAUUUCGUAAUAUUUUCGAAGAAAGACAGGAACUUCGGAGCGGGGAGGAGUCGGAUGACGAAGAUCGGUAA